AUCCAUUUGCUUUGCUUUCCAAUCUCUCUCACAGCGACCCAAAACACCCCUCUUUUAGAAACCUCACCGGUCCUCAACCAUCAAACCUCCUCUUUGCUUCGCUUGCUUCACACGACGCCCCCUCUGUUGUGUACCAUGCGCAUCGUUCCUGUCCCAAAACUCAAAAUAGCCUGACACUAAAUCCUCUCCACCUAUAUCCAUUACUAUCCCCUAAAUGCUCUCCGCUUUUGACCCGGAGGAGCAGCUUCUCAGGAGUCCAAAGCGCACAGAUCAGAGGAAGAGGGCGUAGUAUUGCUUGUCGCUGGGGAUUCGAAGCAGCAAAUGGCGUACAUGUGCGCGGACAGCGGCAACCUAAUGGCCAUCGCGCAGCAGGUCAUCCAGCAGCAACAGCAACAGCAACAGCAACAGCAGCAGCAGCAGCAACCGCAGCUGGCUGCGUCUGUUAACCCUUUCUCCACCAGCCCAUCUCCCUGGGCCUCGCACCACCAACACCAGCACGCGUCCGAUCACUUCCCCUUCGUCAUCCCCGACCCCGCCGCCGCCUUCGCAGACCCCUUCGCCCCCGACCCCAUACCCGGCUUUCUGCCCCCCGGAGGUGACAGCGGCCGCCAUCUAGACCAUGGUCACUUCCGCAUGUCCGACUUCGGCUCUUCCGCCGCCACGGUUGCCGCCGAGUUCGACUCCGACGAGUGGAUGGAGAGCCUUAUCGGCGAGUCUCCCGCAGAGAGCUCCGUCCUCAUGAGCGAACCCUGGCCGAGUGCCACUGAAUGCGCAGGCGCACUGUUCGUGGACGCCUUCCCCUCCUGCUCCGCCGACAUCAGCCUCCCGUCUCCGCCGCCCGCCGCGUCGGACCUCAACGGUGUGUUCUUUUCCGAGCCCUCCAAGAUCCCUCCCCUUGCCCUGGUUCAGCACCACCAAGCCGCCGCCGUUGUUGCUUCGAAUCCUCCGGCGGCUCAGGUACCGGCAUGCGAUCGGCCAGAACCAGAAAAGAACUGUGGUGCCGCCACCGUGCGAAAACAGGCGAGGGAGAGAAGCAUCUCGUCGCCACCUCUCCUGGAAUCCCUCCUCCAGUGCGCCCGCCUAGCCGAUUCCGAUCCCCAUCUCGCGACCAAGUCCCUGAUCCAUGUCAGAGAAUCCGCCUCGGAGUUGGGCGAUCCGACGGAGCGCGUCGCCUUCUAUUUCGCCGAAGCCCUGCACCGCCGUCUCCUCGGAGCUCAGAGGAAGCAUCCGCUUCCUACUUCCGCGCCGCAGCCGCCCUCCCUCGAUUCGUCGCCGGAGGAAUUUACUCUCUGUUACAAGGUCCUCAAUGACGCGUGCCCCUACUUCAAGUUCGCCCAACUCACCGCAAACCAGGCCAUCAUAGAGGCCACGGAGUCGGCGGGGCGGAUCCACAUCGUGGAUUUCGGGAUUGUCCAAGGGGUCCAGUGGCCCUCGCUCCUCCAGGCCCUCGCUACUCGCCCCUCCGGGAAGCCCUCCAAGGUCCGGAUCUCCGGCAUCCCCGCGCCAGCGCUGGGCGGCGCCGCGAUCGCCACGUCGCUGGCCGCAACAGGGAACCGCCUCCGCGACUUCGCGGCGCUCCUCGACCUGGACUUUGAGUUCGACUGUAUCCUCACCCCGAUUCCGGAGAUCGCGGCGUCCACCUUCCGGGUCGACCCGGACGAGUUGGUGGUGGUCAACUUCAUGCUCCAGCUCUCCCAGCUCCUCGGCGACUCUCCCGAGCCGGUCGAGCGCGUCCUUCGGGUGGCCAAGUCGCUCGGCCCCCGCAUCCUGACGCUGGCAGAGUACGAGGCCAGCCUGAACCACGCGGGCUUCGUGGAUCGCUUCGGCGCCGCGCUGGGCCACUACGCGGCCGUGUUCGAGUCGCUCGACCCGGCAAUGGGGCGCGACGCGGUCGAGCGGGCACGGAUGGAGCGGGUUCUCAUCGGGCAUCGGAUUCUGGAGGCGGUGGGCCCCUUCGAGGGACAGAACCGACGGGUGCGGAUGGCGCCGAAGGAGGAAUGGAGGGCCGUGAUGGAACGGUGCGGCUUCUCGUCCGUCCCGUUGAGCAACUACGCGGUCAGCCAAGCCAAGCUUCUCCUCUGGAACUACAACUACAGCUCCAGGUACACCCUCUUGGAUUCCCCUCCGCCCUGCCUCACUCUGGCCUGGGGUGACCGCCCCCUCCUCACGGUGUCCUCAUGGCGCUAGUUCCAAUGAUCAUCAUAACAAAAAAAGAAGAAGAAAUAAUUCAAUGCGGCACCGCACAAGAAAAAAACGCUAAUUAUUAUUAGAUUUCUAUUUGGUUCUCUCUUAAAUGUUUUCUUGUCUGUUUGUCAUAUAAGUUGGUAACGGUAGUGAGAUGCUGCUGAACUGAUCAGUCAAGUUGUCUAUUUGGUUUGUUCUUUGUAGCAACAACAUGUUUAGGUGGUGGUUGGUGUAAAACUAAUUGUAAAAAAAGAAAGGUUAGAAACGGUCA